GCGGUUGUAGAGCCAGAGUGGUGCGGUACUUUCGCGAAUUUACUUGCUUCUCGCUGAGCAUUUUGUAUUUGUUACUCUAUAUUCAUUCCACAAUUUGCAUUAGAUUGAAAAGGUUUAGGGAAAUGGCAUGUUCAAAGGUACUUCAGCGGUCAGCAAGUUUGCUGCAAAAUCCGGCCAGUUUUGGAAACUACGUUGGACCUCGAUCAUGCUCAUGGUGGAGCGCAGUUCAGAUGGGUCCUCCGGACGUCAUUCUGGGAGUGACGGAGGCCUACAAGCGCGAUACUAAUCCAAAGAAAAUCAACCUAGGCGUUGGAGCUUAUCGGGACGACAACGGUAAGCCGUUUGUACUUCCAAGUGUUCUGAAGGCCGAACAACGCCUAACGGAUAAGAAGCUGGACAAAGAAUAUUCGCCAAUCAGCGGAACGGCAGAGUUCUGCAAACAGAGCAUUUUGUUGGCGCUCGGAGAUGAUAGCUCACACGUAGCGAAUGGACAGAAUGCCACGGUUCAGGGUAUUAGUGGAACCGGUGCGCUGCGAGUUGGUGGCGCAUUUUUGGCAAAUUUUUUCCCUGGAUCGAAGGAUAUAUAUCUGCCGACACCAUCCUGGGGCAACCAUGGUCCCAUCUUUCGGCAUUCGGGACUAAAUGUUAAGGCUUAUCGGUACUACGAUCCUGCCACUUGUGGAUUCGACUUCAAGGGAGCAUUGGAAGACCUCUCGAAAAUUCCUGAGCAUUCCGUAGUAUUACUGCACGCAUGCGCGCAUAAUCCAACAGGAGUCGAUCCACGACCGGAACAAUGGGCAGAAAUGUCUGCGGUGGUGAAAAAGCGAAAACUGUUUCCAUUUUUCGACAUGGCCUAUCAGGGCUUUGCCAGUGGAGAUGUCGCCAAGGAUGCGCUUGCUGUGCGUGCAUUUUUGAAGGACGGUCAUCAAAUUGCCUUGGCCCAGAGUUUUGCGAAAAAUAUGGGUCUCUAUGGUGAGCGUGCUGGAGCAUUUUCAUUGAUCUGCUCAAGUAAGGAAGAAGCUGAUCGUACUAUGUCUCAGAUAAAGAUUCUGAUUCGUCCGAUGUACUCUAAUCCUCCGAUUCAUGGUGCUAGGCUGGUUACGGAAAUUCUGUCCGAUUCCGGUCUGCGCCAAGAAUGGUUGAAGGAUGUUAAACUGAUGGCUGAUCGUAUUAUCUCGGUACGAUCGACCCUGCAGAAUAAUCUGAAAAAACUCGGGUCGUCUCGAAACUGGCAACAUAUUACCGAUCAGAUUGGUAUGUUCUGCUUUACCGGUAUGAACCAGCAGCAAUGCGAACGGCUGACCAAGGAUUUCAGUGUGUAUCUAACCAAAGAUGGUCGCAUCUCGAUGGCAGGCGUUACAUCUAAGAACGUUGACUAUUUAGCGGAAGCCAUUCACGCUGUGACCAAGUAAUGAUAUUUCAAAGUUGAACACACACAAUGCAGUUAUUUUUUUCAGCAGCAUUUAAAAACAUUCUGCUUUUAUCAAGGAGCGAGCUUAUUGAUCAAUCAAAUUGAUUCGCCGACCAUACAGUGAUUUACGAUUAUUAGUUGAUAGUGCAACACAAACAAAGUGUCCCAUAAGAAAUAAAAGUUGAUAAUGAAAUAUGAACUAAAUUGUAG